UUUUCAUUGAUACAGAUUAUAUUACUUGCAAAAGAUUACAUACAGAUCAUAUCCUAUAAAACAAAAUUAUGCAGAGAUUGAAGACUAUUAUACACCUAAACAGGUACAAAAUUUCAAAAUAGGAGAUGGAUAAUAUUGAGAAGAACCAUGAGCUUACUGGCAGAAUGUAUAACACCAGAAUUGAAAGCUAUAGAAGCAGCUGGUACUUGGAAAAAGGAGAGAGUAAUUGCUUCGCCUCAACGAACACGUAUUGUAUUAACAAAUGGAACACAGGCCCUAAAUUUCUGUGCUAACAAUUAUUUAGGGUUAGCAGAUAAUAAAGAAGUCAUUUCUGCUGCAAAACUUGCUCUGGAUAAGUAUGGAGCAGGUUUAAGUUCUGUUAGAUUUAUAUGUGGUACACAAGACAUUCACAUAGAAUUAGAAAAGAAAAUUGCUAACUUUCAUGGCAGAGAAGAUGCUAUUCUUUAUGCAUCUUGUUUCGAUGCAAAUGCUGGAUUAUUUGAGACAUUAUUAACACCUGAAGAUACUGUUAUAAGUGAUGAGCUUAAUCAUGCUUCCAUCAUUGACGGUAUCAGGUUAUGUAAAGCAAGGAGACAGAGGUACAAGCAUAGGGACAUGAUAGAUUUGGAGAAUAAGCUACAGGAUAGUAUGUCUUCGCGUUUACGAUUGAUUGCAACUGACGGCGUCUUUUCUAUGGAUGGCACUGUUGCGCCAUUACCAAAAAUAUUAGAGCUUUCAAAGAAAUAUAACGCUCUUACGUUUGUGGAUGAUUGUCAUGCUACUGGAUUUUUUGGAAAAGCUGGAAGAGGCACAGAGGAUUAUUUUAAUCAAUUAGGAAAUGUUGAUAUCAUUAACUCCACGUUAGGCAAAGCUCUUGGUGGAGCAGCAGGUGGUUAUACAACUAGUAAAAAAGAACUUAUUAAUUUGUUGAGACAACGUAGCAGACCAUAUUUAUUUUCAAAUUCAUUGCCACCACCUGUAGUUGCAUCAGCUAGUAAGGUUAUAGAUUUAAUAACAAACUCUACGGAAUUUUUGGAUCAUUUAAAAAAUAAUACCAAUCUGUUUAGAAGUAAUAUGAAAGCAGCUGGUUUUACAAUUGCUGGUGACAAUCAUCCUAUCUGUCCUGUUAUGAUAGGUGAUGCAAGAUUAGCUACUGAAUUUGCUGAUAAAAUGAUUGAACAAGGGAUCUAUGUUAUCGGUUUUAGUUAUCCAGUAGUACCAAAAGAUAAAGCGCGAAUACGUGUUCAAAUUAGUGCUGCACAUUCAGAAAAGGACAUAGAAUAUGCUGUAAACGCAUUUGUACAUAUUGGAAAAGAACUUAAUGUUAUUAGGUGAUAUUUCUAGUAAUUGAAAUAUUUUUUAUAAUUCUUUAAUCAAAUCAGUAGUAUAAAAACAAAAAUAAAAGUUACACAUAUAUAAUUGAUCAAGUAAUGUUUAAUAUACAAGUACAUCAAACUGAAAUUUUUAAUAUAUGCAUUCCUAUUAUAUUAAAUAUUAUAAAAGUAUUACGUCUUAUACAAACUUCAUUAUGUAUAAGUGAUCCUUUUAGUUUAAAAAUCUUUUGAUUACAUGUCAAAGUUAUAUAUUUUUACGAAAUGUUAAUUGUACAGACGUUAAGGCUUAUAUGGUUUUACAAGAUUUUCCGAAAAUUCUCUGACUUGUUGGACUCCUCGAAUUUCUUUUUCUAAUAAAGGAACUCGGAUAAUAUGAAAAUCUUCAUAAAGAUCCAUUAUCUAGCAAAGAGUUAUUGUAUUAAUUUCUUAAGCUUCUAUAUGAAGUAAUAUGAAAUCAUAAUAUUUUGAUUUACCUGCUCUAAAUAUUUGUCUUGUAUUUUAUGCCUAGCAAGACACAGUUUACAAGAUGUAUAUUUUUCUUUUAAGAAUAAUAACUGAUUCACUAUGAUAUUGUGAGUAUCUAUACCACAUUUUGUUAAUUCUUGUACGAGUCUUUCUGUCUCGUACAGUGACAAGAAUUCUGCUAUGCACACACAAACAAAUGUAGUCUGGUCAGGGUUUUUAAAUUGUUCAUUAACUUGUCGAAUGACAACAAGCAUCUCCUCUAUCUUGUUACAGAAUGUAUCUACGUUGAAAUCUGUCAUUCCCAAUAAUGAACUGAUCUAUAAUAAAGUAGUUUUGAAAUUGGAAUACUGUUUAAGCUGAUACUACAUAUCAUUCAUUAAACUAAAUAUUUAUGACCUGUGUAAUAAAAGGACUAAUCUUCAUCUUCAAACGCAUUAAUUUUCCCAAUCCUUUUUCUACUACUUGUGGGAAUGAUAAUAAUCUUAAAGUAUGACCAGUGG